GCUGUUACUGUGAGCUCUGUCUCCCCCUGCCGGAGCUCCGCGUCACUGCAGCUGCUCUGCUCACUCCGUCCUGCCCAUUUUAGUCUGUCCCUGUCAGCUGUGAGGAAUGUGCGACGCACAUAGAGCAGCCCCCCAUCUGAGGGUCCAGUCCACUACCUCCUCUGCAGUCUCCAGUCUCUUACUGGAACCAUUCCUCCUUCUUCAGAGCUUCAUUCCUUCUUCUUCUUCUUCCUCUACUGCUGAUCGGUGACCCAGCUGCAGGAUGUCCUCUACCCCGGAGCUGUUACCCUUCCUCUUCUCCACGCUGCCCCCCCUCCCCUCCUCCUAUCCCGGCGUCAUGGAGCCAAACGUCACCUCCUGCCAGGAGUGGGAGCAGGCCCACCACCUCCUCUUCCAUCUGGGGAACCUGUCCCUGCUGCUGGGCCUGAUCAUCCCCACCACCAUGAGCCUGCACAUGAUCCUGCUGCGCCUGCUCCUCAUGACAGGCUGCGGUCUCUUCAUCGCCUGGGCGACGCUGUACAGAUGUAACCUGGACGUGAUGGUGUGGAACGUGGUGUUUCUGGUGGUGAACUUCAUGCACCUGUUCUUCCUCCUCUAUAAACGCAGACCGAUAAAGAUCGACAGGGAGCUGCGGUCCGUCUACAGGCGUAUGUUCGAGCCCCUCCAUGUGAAGGAGGCUCUGUUUCAGCGGCUCACGGGACAGUUCUGCACCAUCCAGACGCUGAAGAAAGGACAGGCCUACGCCGCCGAGGACAAGACGUCUGUGGAUGAACGGCUCAGCAUCCUCCUCAAAGGAAAGAUGAAGGUUUCUUACAGAGGUCAUUUCCUCCAUAACAUCUACACCAACUCCUUCAUCGACUCUCCAGAGUUCAGGUCCACUGAGAUGCACAGAGGAGAGAAGUUUCAGGUGACCAUCAUGGCCGAGGAGUACUGUAAGUUCCUGUGUUGGUCACGAGAGCGGCUCACCUACUUCCUGGAGUCGGACACCUUUCUGAACGAGGUGUUCAGGUACCUGAUCGGGAAAGACAUCACCAACAAGCUUUACUCUCUGAACGAUCCAACCCUCAGUGACAAGGCGGUGAAGAAGAUGGACCGGCAGCCCAGCCUGUGCUCUCAGCUCUCCAUGAUGCAGAUGAGGAACAGCAUGGCGAGCACCAGCGACACCGACGACGUCCUGAACCAGAUCCUACGAGGAGGAUCAGCGGGCUCAUCGCUCCAAAAAUCCCCAGGAAACAGGACCUCUGCAAAGAUGAAGCCCAUCGCUGAAGGUCUGGAGGACGAUGUUUUUGAGGUUUCUACUCCAGCUAAGUCUGCUCACCUGGGCAGCAGCUCCAGUGAAGAGGUGUAGGGGGCAUUAUCUGCCUUUGUGUUGGCUGAUAAGUAAGAACCAAAGCCAGUUUAACAAAGUUCAAAUGUAUGUUUGUGUUUCUCUAGAACUGUUUUUAAGUGAUAUAGUUUAGUGUUUCUUCACACACUCUUUGAGAUGGUUGCACAUGUUCAAAGAUGUUUUUGUCUCUUUUCGUGUCGGACACGUCAAUCCUCCGGAAGUCAGAUGGUGUUUGUAAAUAAUGUAACAAAGAGUACAGUCUGGACCUGUGUGGAGAUAAUGUUUUUUUUUUAAUUGACUGAUUGAGGAUGAACUGCUUCACGGUGGUGUGAUAGUUAGCACUGUUACCUCACAGCAGGAAGGUUGCUGGUCUGCAUUCGGACAGGGUUCUCUCCAUGUGGUGUUUGCAUGUACUCCCCAUGCAUACAUGGGUUCAUCCUGAGUACUCUGGUUUCUUCUCACAGUCCAAAGACAUGCUUUAAAUAAAAAGGCAGAUAUGUCUCUGUGUGAUAGGAGGCCCACUAGAGAUGUCUCUGUGUUUCCUGCUGACAACGGCAAAAUAUGUUGUGGAAUAACUUUUAAGCAUUUUACCCAGAUAAAGACAUCUUAUGUGGGGUUAUCAGAUCCAUGGAUCGUGUGAAAGUUUGCAUUCAACCAACUCAUGAUGUUGCAACGUUAUCUAAAACACACCUUUCCUCUUUAGCACUUGCAGUCCCUUACCCUGACUCACCUGCAACAGAAAGUCUCUCUGAUACCUGAAACUCUGACAAAGGUUUACACUUUAUCCUUUGUCUCUGUGUCAGCCUUGAGAUUAGCUGGUGACCUGUUCAGGUGUGACCCCGCCUUUCACCCAAUUACAGCUGAGACCCCUCCCCUUUGACUUUCUUCAGCAUCUCACAGACGAGGAUGUUAAAUACAUAGUCGACACUUAACAACCAUCAGUUUUGUUACAAUGUGCAGUUCUCUCAGUGUGUUUAAAGAAUCGGUUUGAUUUCAUUUUCAUUGUAUAAAUACAUUUUUCUGUUUCAAAGAUCACAGCUGUAACAACUUUCACAGAGAGGCUUUGUUAGUUGGAGUUUCUGCUGGAGGAAUAAUGUGCACGUGUUUUCAUUCAACAUGUAGAGAGAAACGUCUCACAGUUUGAUUCAUGUUUAAUUUCUAAGUUUUUAUUGUGAUUCACAGCUGUGUUACAUUACAUUAUAAAAACAUCAACACUUA